AUGUCGACGGGGGUGCCGUCAUUCAGUGUGGAUUCUAUUCCUCCCAAUGCAAACAAUCACGGCCAUAGUCGCGGCCGCGGUCACUCUCGCGCCAAUCGAUGGGCGCAACCUCCGCCCCUCCCCCAGCCAACCUCAGUCCACCCUCAUGAACACCUAGAACCGAUCAAUUCACUAAAUUCGAACUCUCCAUACGGACAUAUACAUCACGAUUCGGAUCACGGUCACCACAAACAUAGCCAUAGUGUGUCAUCAAUCCAUCAUGAUCAUCAUGAUCACCACGAUCACCACGAUCAUCACGACCAUCAUGACUAUGAUCAUGAUCACCAUGCGCUGCACGACCACCACGAUACGAGAGUUUCUGAUGGGAUCUAUGGAAUGACGUCUGCGGAUACCAAUAUGCAGGCCGAUGAGAGCCCAGAGAAGGUCCAGGAGCUCUUAACCGGCACACUUAUUAUGUUGCCAUGGGUUGCAUUUUCCUGGUAUCAGAGACAAUGUGCCCAGCGAGGAGAGACGGCCGACGCAGAUACCCUCGGCACCAUAAUAAGCAUAUCUGUUGCUCAAAUCAACCAAAAGACGUGUCUUUUGACAGCGAUUACCCUAGUUCUCUUCGGUAUCGGCCAAAUCCUACGGUUUCGUCCAUCAAGCCACUCGACACUCAGGUUCCCAACUGUGAAUGUAAAAAGUGCUCAAGCCUCCAUUUCACAAAUAAUCUCAGUUGGUUUGCCUAUAUUUGCAGCGCUGAAGAUCGGCGGCUUCUUGGUUGCUUUUGCGCUGCUUCUUGCAACCGCAUCAGGGGUCCCAAGCGUCAUCAAUGGAGACCCACGCACUCGAGAACGAUAUGGUCGGAAGAUGUUAUCUAUCGGCCUUCUCGCAGUGGUUGUUGUAUUGAGUUACCUCAUCCUGAACAAUUCCUGGGACUCGUCCCCGACUCUUGGAUAUAUCGCACUUUUGGGUUCUGUCUUCAUUGCCCCUCCCCCAUUCCCCUCUCUUCGGCACAAUGGACCUAUCCCUGAACCGGGGCUCGUUGCUCCACAGGCCAAGGCUUCAAGUCAUGACCACUCGUCUGUGGUGGUCACGACUGACGCGCCAUUGGCUCUCAUAACCGGCUCCUCCCUUGCACUAUUGACUGUUCUCUUUAAUCAAGGAAUCGUCUUCAGUGCAUCAGAUUUGAUAUACAUCAUUGUCCCUGUCAGUCUCUUCGCUGUUUCGCUUGUUGUCUCGCAGCCUGCUAGUCUCCGCUCACCGACAAAAUCUGGCCUCGCGAUCUGCACCGGAGCUGCAGUUUUCCUGUGUUCGCCACAUAUUCAGGAUGACCUGCUUGUGGUUUAUUCCACACGUGCUAUCUUGGCGAUGGCUGCUUUCUUCGCCUCCCGGAGAGAUGAUAGUCAUUUGCAUCUGGACACGCACGCGCAUAACCAUACACACAGUCAUUCGCACACCACCUCGGAAGUUACGGGGAUAUCGAAGUGGCUCCUUCAUAAAAGCGAACCAUAUCCAUUGUUGCACAGCAUUUUGAAGGAGAAGGACUCUCGUAGUAUCUUCUACUUCAUGUGCCUGAACUUCACCUUCAUGCUUGUCCAACUAUCAUAUGGGUUUAUGACAGGCUCACUAGGUCUCCUCAGUGACUCUAUUCACAUGUUCUUCGAUUGUCUCGCGCUUGUUGUUGGUUUGUGUGCUGCUGUCAUGAGCAAGUGGCCUCCGAACGCUCGAUUCCCUUACGGCUACGGCAAGGUCGACACACUAUCAGGAUUCGCUAACGGCAUCUUCCUCAUGAUUAUCAGCGUGGAGAUCAUUUACGAGGCAGUUGAACGACUGUCAUCAGGAAGCGAGAUGCAACGUCUCGGUGAGCUUUUAGCCGUCAGUAUUGCUGGUCUUGCCGUCAACCUGGUCGGGAUCUUCAGCUUUGAGCACGGCCAUGCUCAUCAUGGUCAUGAUCAUGGCCACGAUCACUCUCAUGGCAAUGAGAACAUGCACGGAAUCUUCUUGCAUAUUCUCGCUGAUACCCUUGGGUCAGUGGCAGUCGUGAUAUCAACCAUCCUCGUACACUACUCUGGAUGGUCAGGCUACGAUCCAUUGGCCUCUUGCUUCAUUGCCAUAUUGAUCUUUGCCUCGGCCGUUCCUUUGGUGAGCAGCACGGCCAAAACCUUGCUGCUUACCCUGCCAGCCGAUACGGAGUACAACGUUCGGGAGACACUCGCCGGAGUCAGCUCCUUGAGAGGCGUGAUCAGUUAUACAGUGCCGAAAUUCUGGCUUGAUGACACAGGAGCAACGUCGACGGGGCACGGUCACUCUCAUGACCACGCUGACCACGGAAAUUGCACGGAUAGCCAUGAUCAUGGUCACGGCCACACCCACAGCCAACAUGAUCAUGGCCAUGACCACGGCCACGACCACCAUCAUGACCAUGAGAAAAAGCCACAAAAUGUUUUCGGAGUGAUUCACGUGAUUGCUUCUCGUGGUGCAGAUCUGGAAGACGUGCGCCAACGAACUGUCGACUAUCUUAGAGAGAAAAACAUGGAUGUUCUGGUCCAGGUCGAGCGUGAUGGAGAUGCACGCUGUUGGUGUAGCGUUGGAAACAAGGGCUUCUGA